AAACACCAUAACAAGAAAUCACCUAAUCCAACUCAACUACUAGGAAAAAUCAUCCAUCUUAUAUAUAUAUAUUUAUUGAUAAUAUAUAAUCUAUAAAUCAUGGAUCGCAUAGUGAAGGUGGCGUCUCAAAAGGCGGUGGUGAUAUUCACCAAGAGUUCAUGCUGCAUGUGCCAUGCAAUCAAGAGGCUGUUCUACGAGCAAGGGGUGAGCCCCAUGGUGUACGAGCUGGACGAGGACGUCAACGGCCGGGAAAUGGAGCGAGCCCUCGUCCGCUUCGGCUGCAACCCGGCGGUUCCGGCGGUGUUCAUCGGCGGCAAGUUUGCAGGCUCCGCCAACACCGUCAUGACUCUUCAUAUUAAUGGGUCGCUCAAAAAGAUGCUCAAAGACGCCGGCGCUAUCUGGCUCUGAUCUCAUCAUCUUAUUAACUUCACUACUCUUAUGUUUUGUGAAGACUACUUCUGCUUCACUAAGCUAGUGCAAGGUCAUUUUAAUUGUAUUUUCAACAAAUACUUGACCUUGUUCCCCUUUUUGUUUUUGUUUUUGUUUUUUUACUUUAUAAAAUUUUGUGCUUUUAUAUAU